UGGAACAAGCGAAGCUACAUCUCUGGAAGUGACUGAUGAAUUUUGUGUUGUGGUGUGUGUUUAGAAAUGAAAUACUGACCCCGUAAGCAUUGUCACUUCAGUGUCUCUUGUUUGUGCAGCGGGGGUGUGAAAAUAUUCGAUUAUCGUAACUGCUUGCUACACUCAUUUUUGUAAUGCCAACUUACAAAGUGAAAGUGAAGUGGGGUAAGGAGACAUACACUGAUGUUGAAGUCAACACAGAUGAAGAUCCUCUGGUGUUCAAAGCACAGAUAUUUGCCUUAACAGGCGUUCAGCCUGAGCGACAAAAGGUAAUGGUGAAAGGCACAACAUUAAAAGAUGGUGAUUGGGGAAAUACAAAAUUAAGAGAUGGUGCAACUAUAUUGUUGAUGGGCAGCAAAGAAGAGGAUGUUCCAGUAGAGCCUACAGAAAAGCCAUUGUUUGUAGAGGAUAUGAAUGAAAGUGAACUAGCAUCUGCACUCGACUUGCCUGCGGGUCUGACUAAUCUUGGCAAUACUUGUUAUAUGAACGCAACAGUGCAGUGCCUCAAGACUGUCCCUGAGCUACGAGAGGCACUGAGGGACUUCAAGGGAGGUGUGACAUUAUCUGGGGAAAUGAUUCCUGCACAGUCAAUUACUGCAGCUCUUAGAGAUUUGUAUGAGUCAAUGGAGAAGGGAGCCACUAUUCCUCCUAUACUAUUGUUGGAAGUGUUACACAUGGCUUUUCCUCGGUUUGCUGAGAAAAGUGAACAUGGGGGCUUUACUCAACAAGAUGCUAAUGAGUGUUGGACAGAAAUGGUGAGAAUGUUGCAGCAGAAGCUACCACCAAAGACAGCUGAAGGCCAAACUUCUACUUUCAAGUCACUGGUAGACCAGUACUUUGGUGGUACCUUUGAUGUUGAAUUGAAGUGUACAGAGUCCGAAGAUGAACCUCCAAGUCACAGCAUAGAAAACUUUCUGCAGCUGAGUUGCUUCAUAUCGCAAGAUGUCCGAUACAUGCAUUCAGGCUUAAGAUCUAAAAUGCAAGAACAGAUUACAAAACUUUCUCCCUCUUUGCAACGAGAUGCAGUCUACACUAAGACAUCUAAAAUCAGCAGGCUUCCAGCAUACCUAACCGUGCAGUUUGUGAGGUUUUAUUAUAAAGAAAGAGAAGCAAUAAAUGCCAAAAUUUUGAAAGACGUUAAGUUUCCUUUGGAUUUUGAUGCGUUUGAGCUGUGCACACCUGAACUUCAACAAAAAUUGACACCCAUGCGCUCCAAAUUUAAGGAAUAUGAAGAUAAGCGAGUGGAAGAAUCACAGGCUGACAAGACGGAUAAAGGAGACGAUGGAGAGAAAGCGAAAAUGAAGGCUGUGCCUUUUUGGUUUGAAAAUGGUGAUUGGCACUGUGCAUAUGUUUUGCUGUACGGUCCCCGUAUAUUAGAAGUUCCUGCUGAAGAAUCAGAAACCUCUGCUUCUGCUUCAUCUUCUGUUAACACGCCAUCUGUUCUUCUUUAAUUUGAAACUUGAACGCAAACAUUAGUGAAAAAUGUUUAUAAUCAACAAAGAAAAGAAACUGCAUAACAGUGGAAAUCGCGUCUCUGAACUUCAUUUUUUAUGUGCUUGUUUUGAAAGUGAGUGUGGUACCAAUGAAAUUUCAUAGAAACUAAACAUUGAGAAAGUUUUAAGUGUGCCAUUUCUUGAAUAUAUUGUCAGUUUUCCAUAUUCUUAAUGUUUUCUAAAUUGUUUAUUGACUUGCCUGCAUUUAUCUUUUGGUUGCCCUUCAUUCCUAAACUGCUUUGUUGAUGGAGUUACUGCUAGCAUCUGUGCCUGCUGAGGCCUAAGUGUUCAAUUGGAGCUAUCCAGUAUGUUGGGCAUCAAACUUUGUGGCAAACCGGGCACAUUCAUCUGUGUGUAUAAAUUAUUAUUUGGUCUUGUAAGAGCAGUUUUGUUGUCAUGUCUGUGAUUGUAAUGCAAUACAGUGAACUGAAAACUGAAA